ACACAAGAAAGUGACAUGGGAAUAUCCUUACCAUCCUUAAUGGUUACGUUGCCUCUAAUCUAAAAACGAAACAAGACCAGACUGAGCCCCACCGGCAGAGAGACCAUAACGUAAAUUAAAUUGCUAAAAGGGCAAAGCAUAGUUUUCUUUUUCUUUAUCUUUUUACAUGUAUCUGAAGGAGCUGAUUUGACAUUUCCCUUCUCAUAUAAGUGCUUCAUAUUUCUCACGCCUAAUUAUAUAAUGGUUCCUUUGGCGUUUAAGCCAAGAGAAAUUGAUGGUAACGUGCCUAGCAUUCAAAGCUUUAGAUGUCCUUGGUUAAGCCAUUGAGAGGCAUUCUGUUUUGGAAGCCAAGCCAUUGAGAGGCAUUCUCCUCCUCUCAGGUUCUUUCUCUUAAGGCUUCUGUACUACGAUGCUCUUUUUCAAUGUUUUUCUGCUUGCUUUCCAUUUUAUUAUCCCGGCCUAUAUUUCAUAUUUAUGAUAAGAUUGAGAUUUUAAGUUUACCUCAACCAAUUACGAGUUUGAAGAUAAUCAGAGGAAAAGAAUGGCAUCCCUCAUACCAGGAGUUCUACUGAAGCUUCUCCAAAGUAUGAAAUCUAAUGUAAAAGUUCGCGGGGAAUACCGCUCAGUCCUUCUGCAAGUGAUCAGCAUAGUCCCUGCAUUGUCCGGAUCUGAAUUAUGGCCUAACCAAGGUUUUUUCAUUAAAGUCUCAGACUCUUCUCAUUCCACCUAUGUCUCGCCCUCAAAGGAAGACAAUGAGCUUAUCUUGAAUAAUAAGUUGCAGCUUGGCCAAUUCUUUUAUGUGGAUAGGAUCGAGGCUGGCACACCCGUCCCAAUUCUUAUUGGGGUUAGACCAGUUCCUGGACGGCACCCUUUUGAAGGCAACCCUAAGGAUUUAAUGCAGAUGUUGGAGCCAUUAGUGCAUCCUGAUAAUUCUACAGUUUAUAGUUCAAAAUCCAUGGAUUUAACAGAAGCCAAAGAGAAUCCUAGUUCAAGGCAGAAGAUUGUUAUUAAAGAGGAAAAGGCUUGUGUUGCAUCCAGGUAUAUGCAGGGUGUUCUGAAUCCAAACUCUAUAGGAAUCAAAGGAAAUGAUUUAGAGAAUGGUGUAGAAGGUAAGAAGGUGAGAUCUGCAAAAGGAAGGAAACAAGAGAUAAAAGGUCAGGUGCUCCCGAUGACUUCAACUCGUUCUCGACGUGAAGCGCUCUCACCAACGCAAGACGUUGGUCAAUCUAACAGCCAGCAGACUGUCAUGGCACCUUCUACGCACACUUCUAGUUCUACCAAACGCAGUUCUACUAAACAGGAAAAUUUAAACUUCAAUUUUUUGUCCAGUAUUCAAGAUAAAAGCAAUCCUGCUGAGGCGAUUCUGUGGUCCUCUUUGCCAGCCAAACUAUUGAGGCCAGGGAAGGGAAUUCUUAGAAGGAAGCAUCUAGCCUCUCAGGUUGUAGUAGAAGCUCAAAAAGAAGCAUCUGCAGCAUCAGUGAUAGUGAAGUGUUUAAGUAUGUUCGCCAAUAUCUGUUCUUCUGCAGCAUCAGAGAAUCCACAUGUCAUACUGAACAAGUUUUAUGGUCUCCAACAGCUCAUGGGCCAGUCAAAUGGAACAACUCAGUUGAAAGAUAGAACCCUUCAACUGUAUAAAAUACAACCUCCUGCAGAAAAGCAUAAAAUUGGCAAAACGACAGGUUUAGUGGUUGCUAAGAGCACGUCAAGGGCUCCAAAACCCUUAACAGAAAUAUCAGGCACUGAGAAGCAAGAAUGGGCCAAAGGGGAUGGUAUAAAAGAGAUCAAUGAGCUAAAAGAAGUCAUUUUGAAUGAAACAAGAUCAUGGUUUUUUACGUACUUGGAGAAGACAUUGGAUGCUGGGUUUUAUGUGGGCUCACAAGAGAAGGGCAAGGAGAGUAAGGAUAUUGCAGGGAGACAAAUGCUUCAGGCAAACCAUAUAGCUCUCACAUUGUCCCACCUUAAGCAUGCAAACAAUUGGCUGGACAAACAAAAAAGCAGUUUAGACUCCGAAAGUGAAGGGCUGGUGGAGACAGUUGACAGAUUGAAACAAAAAGUUUAUUCUUGCUUGCUUGUACAUGUUGAUUCUGCUGCAUUAGCUUUGGAGAACCAAGUUUGAUUCUAGGACAAUAAACUGUUUUACAAUAUACUACAUCCCCAAUGCUAUUUAUAAGUUAAAUUAUAUAAUUGGUUGAGCCAAGCAGUGACAGUGGAAGCUUGGUUGCUCUGUUUCCAAGGCAAUGUGAUCUAUAAUUGGUACUAUUUGUACCCAAAAAUGAAUAAAAAGGGUACGGGUUGAAGUGUAAAUUACAAAUUGAUAGCCAUUUAAUUUAUGGCUCUUGUUUGUUUAUUCAAGCUUAAGUUAUUAUUUGAUAUUCUGAUGA